AUGGCUGAACAGGUGAACGUGAGAGUGUGUCUUGUGAUAAUCUGUCUAGUUCUCAUGGCACCCGAAGGGCUUUCAAAUCCAGACAAGUUUGAUGAAGAAUUGUUUAUACGACCAUUACCGUCUGGUCAUGUUUAUUCACACUUCCAGUUUACAACAACUUGGGACGUUGACGUUCAUGAUCCAAGCACGUUUGCGCACUACAAUUUCUUUCCAAAGUCUCUGGGGCAAAUUAUCAACAAAUAUUCUGUACAAGAGCUUCACUUAUCACUGACUCAAGGAUACUGGAGACAUGAAAAAUGGGGUUAUCCAGUGUCAUCUGCUCCACCAGGUGCACAAUUAUGGGUAUGGUUUCAAGAGAGUACUGUAGAUAUUGAGCAAACUUGGAAGGAAUUGGUCAAUGUCCUAUCUGGAUUAUUUUGUGCAUCUUUAAACUUUAUAGAUGGCACUGUCACUGUCAAACCACAACUCUCAUUCAGACCACAGGGUAUUGCUACAGAUAAAUAUUCUAUCAAUUCAACUUAUCUAAGAUAUGCUACUUUACCAAGAGAAAAUGUGUGUACUGAAAACUUGACACCAUGGAAGAAACUGUUACCUUGUGAUUCAAAAGCUGGCCUCUCAACAUUAUUGAAUGCCAUGCAGCUUUACAAUGCAAACUAUCACUCACUGGAGGUACAUGUUAGACCUGUAUGUGCCAACCCAUCAUGCACCAUUCCAGCUUUAGAACUAAGUCAGUCACUGUCUGUGGUGUUUGAUCAGCCAAUUCGAGAGUAUGGAAAACAAGACUGGUCUCUGAAGAAGCUAUUUGGUAGAGGUGCAAGAGGGGCAUGUCCCAUGGCCUCAACAAGUAAUAUUUAUGUGGAUAUUAGUUCUAACAAAACUUCCAAUUUGGUCCAGCUGACUCCUGAGCCAACUGAUACGAGGGUUGUGACUAGAGGUGGUGGAACAAGUACGUAUGGUGUGUAUGAUCUGAAUAAUUGGGAUAGCUCAAAUCAACUCAUGUUAGCAAUGAAAUGGAAGAAUAAACACUGCUAUGAUGUUAAUCAUCCACCACAAAUUCAUGUACAUCGUUUUAUUACUGGUUACGGACAAGAUAAAGGCGGUAUAACAUGCUUACUAUUUAAUCAUGACACUGAGAAGUCACAGUCUGUUAUAUAUUUAGAUACAGUACCAUGGUAUAUUAGAUUAUAUUUGCAUACACUCAAGAUAACUACAAACAACAAACCAAUAAAACCAGACUGGAUGAAGUAUAUACCAGGGCAAGAUCGUACCCGGGGUUACAUGCUGGAGAUGGUAUUGACAUUACCACCAGAUUCAGUCACAACUAUUGGUAUUGAUUUUGAUAGAGCAUUUUUGAAAUGGACAGAACAUCCACCUGAUGCUAAUAUUGGAUUUCAUAUCAGUUCUGCAGUUGUAAGUACUAUUCUGCAGCAUGGAAAUAACACAUUUUCAGGACAAACAGAUUCCAGAUUAUUCCCAAGCUUAUUUGGUUCAUCAAACCAGAAAGACUUCUUCAUUAGAUUAUACUCUGAGAUUCUACUAAUCCAGCUACCAACCCCUGAUUUCAGCAUGCCGUACAACGUGAUAUGUUUGGCAUGUACCGUGGUAGCUAUAGCAUUUGGAUCACUUCACAAUUUAACUACAAGGAGUUUUGCACCUGUUGAUCCUAACAAAAAACCCACUGGUAUCAAAGCAAAAAUAAUCUCUGUCAUAAAAAAAAUUAAAGGACAUAAACCUGAUGAAACAGAUAAAAGUAAAAAUACUGAUGAGAAAGUUGAUAACAAAUGUGAAACCACAGAGGAAGUCAAAAAAGACAGGUGAUGUGUUUAAUAUGUCGUGUCAAUCAAAUGUAUAAUUACUAAGACUAUGCAAUCAUGUAUUGUUAUUCACUGUUCUGUAUUGUAAAAAAUGGGAUGCAGAUGUUACUGUUUAUAUAUUUUUGUAAGAUUAUCAAUGUCUUUUACAAGAUUAAUAAAACUUGAGAUAAAAUGAUGGACCACUGA